AUGGACAGCAGUACCGGAGGAUCAGAAAGUAGCUUUCGACUUGAUCCUGCGAUUGGAAGUUUGCCGCCACCCACCCCUGGAGAACCGGAUGAUCUAGUCGAAAGGAUUUGUCGAUUUAUGACCAAGCAUCAAACGAGCACGAAAAAAUUCCUCCUCUCUUAUUUAACAUCCAAAAACAGAUACGUUGUCACCCGGAAGAAACAGUGGGGGUCUGUGAAGAAAGGUUGGAAGACUACCGAGGAAAUCCUUGAUGCAAUCGACAAGCUUGUCAAUGCAAAGCCAAAAUGUCGAGAGAAAUGGAAUGAUUGGGUGUUGAAGAAGGCCAAGGUGAUUGUGGCAGCCCAGUCUCCACCGACUGGAAGUCUUUACAUAAAUAUCAAUAAACUUGAUCAGACUUUCUUCGAUCACAAGAUGGAUGUUGAAAGAGACGUCACCGUCAUCCAAAGCAUGAAUUUCAUUCACGAAUUGAUCAGUUUUAAACUGGGUCUUGAUGAAUCUCAAUCAGAUAGUCCAUUGGCUGAAUCUUAUGUUUAUCACAAAUCAACGGACAAGGCGGAAAAUACAACAUCUAGAUUGAAAGCUGUAAGCUGUUUAUACAAGGUCAUGGUUCGACCAGCAGACUGA